GUCCAACUCAUACCUUACACCGCGCGCUGUAAACCUGAGUACUCAAACACACUUCACCUCACCACACACAAACCAACAAACACAACACCGCCAAUAUGGGUAAGGAGAAGAUGCACAUCAACGUGGUCGUUAUCGGCCACGUUGACUCCGGAAAGUCCACCACCACCGGCCACUUGAUUUACAAGUGCGGUGGUAUUGACAAGCGUACCAUCGAGAAGUUCGAGAAGGAAGCCGCCGAACUCGGCAAGGGUUCCUUCAAGUAUGCAUGGGUUCUUGACAAGUUGAAGGCUGAGCGUGAGCGUGGUAUCACCAUCGACAUCGCUCUCUGGAAGUUUGAAACUCCUAAAUACUACGUCACUGUUAUUGACGCCCCCGGUCACCGUGAUUUCAUCAAGAACAUGAUCACUGGUACCUCCCAGGCUGACUGCGCUAUUCUCAUCAUCGCUGCCGGUACUGGUGAGUUCGAGGCUGGUAUCUCCAAAGAUGGUCAGACUCGUGAGCACGCUCUGCUCGCCUACACCCUCGGUGUCAAGCAGCUCAUCGUCGCCAUCAACAAGAUGGACACCACCAAGUGGUCCGAGGACCGUUACCAGGAGAUCAUCAAGGAGACCUCCAACUUCAUCAAGAAGGUCGGAUACAACCCCAAGCACGUUCCCUUCGUGCCCAUCUCCGGUUUCAACGGUGACAACAUGAUUGAGGCCUCCCCUAACUGCCCCUGGUACAAGGGUUGGGAGAAGGAGACCAAGGCCAAGGCCACUGGUAAGACCCUCCUUGAGGCUAUUGACGCCAUCGACCCUCCCAGCCGUCCCACCGACAAGCCCCUCCGUCUUCCCCUCCAGGAUGUUUACAAGAUUGGUGGUAUUGGCACGGUGCCCGUCGGUCGUGUCGAGACCGGUAUCAUCAAGGCCGGUAUGGUCGUCACCUUCGCCCCCGCUGGUGUCACCACUGAAGUCAAGUCCGUCGAGAUGCACCACGAGCAGCUUGUCGAAGGUGUUCCUGGUGACAACGUCGGCUUCAACGUCAAGAACGUCUCGGUCAAGGAGAUCCGUCGUGGCAACGUUGCCGGUGACUCCAAGAACGACCCCCCCAAGGGUGCCGAGUCCUUCAACGCCCAGGUUAUCGUCCUCAACCACCCUGGUCAGGUCGGUGCCGGUUACGCACCAGUCCUCGACUGCCACACUGCCCACAUUGCUUGCAAGUUCUCUGAGCUCCUCGAGAAGAUUGACCGCCGUACCGGAAAGUCCGUUGAGAACUCCCCCAAGUUCAUCAAGUCCGGUGACGCUGCCAUCGUCAAGAUGGUUCCCUCCAAGCCCAUGUGCGUUGAGGCUUUCACUGACUACCCUCCUCUCGGUCGUUUCGCUGUCCGUGACAUGCGUCAGACCGUCGCUGUCGGUGUCAUCAAGUCCGUCGUCAAGGCCGACAAGGCCGGUAAGGUCACCAAGGCCGCUCAGAAGGCUUCCAAGAAAUAAGCGCUCUCUUUUCGGAUUGCUUGUUUCUCUUCUUUCGUCCUUAGAUACCUGGUUCUGGGGAUGUGUGGUUGCUUCGGAAAAGCUGUGAUGACUUUUGAAACGUGUCAUGCAUAACGGUCUGGGGUUCCUGGCGUCGUCCUUCCAUAGUUUCCAUAAUGAUCUGAAUGAAAACAUGGUGGGCAAUAAA